AAAAGUUUUCGGGAAGGACACCGAGCUCGUCUUUUUUAAAAAUCUGUGUGGAGAGUAUCAUGGGAUGAAAGCCCGUUGGCGUGACUGGACAUCAAAGCACAAGGAAACAGAAUGGAAAAGCAAGGCAGGAGGAGAGAAAAGUGUUCGGGCCUGGUCCCGCGGGCUCCGGGCAUGGCUGCCGGUGUGGAGCCGGGCGUGGCAGCGGGCGGGGCCAGUGGGCGGAGCCUGAGCAAAGCGGACUUCCUGGAGAAGGUGCGUCGGAGCAACGAGGCGUGCCAGCGGGGGGACUUCGCGGCGGCCGUGCGCCUGUACAGCGACGCCCUGCUGGCCGACCCGCAGAACUGCAUCCUGUACAGCAACCGCUCGGGCGCCUACCUCAGACUGGGCCAGCACCAGCCUGCGCUGGACGACGCCGUCCGGGCCCGUCUGCUCAACUCCCGGUGGCCCAAGGCGUACUUCCGACAGGGUGUUGCCCUUCAGUACCUGGGGCGGCAUGCCGACGCGCUGGCCGCCUUCGCCUCCGGCCUCGCCCAGGACCCCAAGAGCCUGCAGCUGCUGGUGGGCAUGGUGGAGGCCGCCAUGAAGUCGCCGCUACGAGACUCUCUGGAGCCCACCUACCAGCAGCUGCAGAAGAUGAAGCUGGACAAGAGCCCGUUCGUGGUGGUGUCCGUGAUUGGCCAGGAGCUGCUGUCGGCCGGUCACCACGGCGCCUCGGUGGUGGUGCUGGAGGCGGCGCUGAAGAUCGGCACCUGCAGCCUGAAGCUGCGCGGCUCCGUCUUCUCCGCGCUCAGCUGCGCAUACUGGUCGCUCGGCAACACCGAGAAGAGCACCGCCCACAUGCAGCAGGACCUGGAGGUGGCCAAGACCUUAGGUGACCAGUCGGGAGAGUGCCGUGCCCAUGGUAACCUGGGCUCGGCAUUCUUCUCCAAGGGGAACUACCGCGAGGCGCUGACCAACCACCGGCACCAGCUGGUCCUGGCCAUGAAGCUCAAGGACAGAGAGGCGGCCUCCUCGGCCCUCAGCAGCCUGGGCCACGUGUACACGGCCAUCGGCGACUUCCCCAACGCGCUGGCCAGCCACAAGCAGUGCGUCAUCCUGGCCAAGCAGUCCAAAGACCAGCUGUCGGAGGCCCGCGAGCUGGGCAACAUGGGCGCCGUCUACAUCGCCAUGGGCGACUUCGCCAACGCCGUGCAGUGCCACGAGGACCACCUGGGCAUCGCCAAGGCGCUGGGCAGCAAGCGGGAGGAGGCGCGGGCGUACAGCAACCUGGGCAGCGCCUACCACUACCGGCGGGACUUCGACAAGGCCACGUCGUACCACGCGCGCGUGCUGGAGCUGGCGCAGGAGCUGGGCGAGCGGGCGGUGGAGAUGCGGGCGUACGCAGGGCUCGGGCACGCUGCCCGCUGCAUGCAGGACCUGGAGCGCGCCAAGCAGCACCACCAGCAGCAGCUGGGCAUCGCCGAGGGGCUGGCAGACCGGGCCGCCCAGGGCAGGGCGUCCUCCAACCUGGGCAUCAUCCACCAGAUGAAGGGGGACUACGAGACCGCGCUGAAGCUGCACAAGGCGCACCUCUCCAUCGCCCAGGAGCUGAGCGACUACGCCGCGCAGGGCCGCGCCUACGGCAACAUGGGCAACGCCCACAACGCGCUGGGCGCCUUCGACCAGGCCGUGCGCUACCACCGCCAGGAGCUGCAGAUCAGCAUGGAGGUCAACGACCGCGCCUCGCAGGCCUCCACCCACGGCAACCUGGCGGUGGCCUACCAGGCGCUGGGCGCCCACGACCGCGCCCUCCAGCACUACCAGAACCACCUGGCCAUCGCCCGCGAGCUGCGGGACGUCCAGAGCGAGGCGCGGGCGCUGGGGAACCUGGGAAACUUCCACUGCUCCCGGGGCGAGUUCCCUCAGGCCGUGCCCUACUACGAGCAGUACCUGCGCCUGUCCCCCGACCUCCAGGACAUGGAGAGCGAGGGCAAGGUGUGCCACAACCUGGGCUACGCCCACUACUGCCUGGGCGGCUACCAGGAGGCGGUCCGGUACUACGAGCAGGACCUGGCGCUGGCCAAGGACCUGCACGACAAGCUGAGCCAGGCCAAGGCCUACUGCAACCUGGGCCUGGCCUUCAAGGCGCUGGGCAACUUCGCCAAGGCCGAGGAGUGCCAGAAGUACCUCCUGUCCCUGGCGCAGUCGCUCGGCAACCAGCAGGCCCGCUUCCGAGCCCUGGGCAACCUGGGCGACAUCUUCGUCUGCAAGAAGGACGUGGGCGGGGCCAUCCAGUUCUACGAGCAGCAGCUGGCGCUGGCGCACCAGGUGAAGGAGCGCAAGAUGGAGGCGUGCGCGUACGCCGCCCUGGGUGCGGCCUACCGGCUGACUCAGAAGUACGACAAGGCGCUGGGCUACCACACCCAGGAGCUGGAGGUGUACCAGGAGCUGGGCGAGGUCCGGGGCGAGUGCCAGGCCCACGGGCACCUGGCGGCGGUCUACAUGGCGCUGGGGAAGUACACCAUGGCCUUCAAGUGCUACGAAGAGCAACUCGAGCUGGGCCGGCGGCUGAGGGACCCCGGGGUGGAGGCGCAGGUCUACGGCAACAUGGGCAUCACCAAGAUGAACGUGAACGCCAUGGAGGACGCCAUCGGCUACCUGGAGCAGCAGCUGGCCACGCUGCAGCAGCUGAGCGGGAACGAGGCCGCGCUGGACCGGGGGCGGGCCUACGGUAACCUGGGCGACUGCUACGAGGCGCUGGGCGACUACGAGGAGGCCGUGAAGUACUACGAGCGCUACCUGACCGCGGCGCAGAGCCUGGGCCGCCCGCAGGACCAGGAGAGGGCCUACCGCGGCCUGGGGAGCGCGCACAGGGCGAUGGGCAGCCUGCAGCAGUCGCUGGUGUGCUUCGAGAAGCGGCUGGUGGUGGCGCACGAGCUGGGGGAGAGCGGCACCAAGGCGCAGGCGUACGGCGAGCUGGGCAGCCUGCACAGCCAGCUGGGAAACUGCGAGCAGGCCAUUUCCUGCCUGGAGCGGCAGCUGGCCAUGGCCCGGGAGACGGCCGACCGUCCGCUGGAGGGCGACGCCAACUGCGGCCUGGGCGCGGUGUACCAGCUGAUGGGCGAGUACGAGACGGCGCUGCAGUGCCACGCCCGCGACCUGGAGAUCGCCGAGGAGACGGGCAGCGCCGGCUGCCAGGGCCGCGCCUACGGCAACCUGGGCCUCACCUACGAGUCGCUGGGCAACUUCGAGCGCGCCGUGGUGUACCAGGAGCAGCACCUGAGCAUCGCCGCGGAGACCAACGACCUGGCCGCCAAGACGCUGGCCUACAGCAGCCUGGGCCGCACCCAUCACGCGCUGCAGAACUACGCGCAGGCCGUCAUGUACCUGCAGGAGGGACUGCGCCUCGCGGAACAGCUGGGCCGCCGCGAAGACGAAGCCAAGAUCCGCCACCGCCUGGGCCUGUCGCUGUGGGCCAGCGGGAACCUGGAGGAGGCCCAGCACCAGCUGUACCGGGCGUCGGUGUUGUUUGAGACGAUUCGGCACGAGGCCCAGCACAGCACCGACUACAAGCUGUCCCUGUUCGACCUGCAGACCUCCUCCUACCAGGCCCUCCAGAGAGUCCUCGUGAGCCUGGGUCACCAUGACGAGGCGCUGGCCGUGGCAGAGCGGGGUCGAACCCGGGCCUUUGCGGACCUGCUGGUGGAGCGGCAGACGGGCCAGCAGGACUCGGACCCGUACACACCGGUGACGGUGGAGCGCGUGCUGGACAUGGUCAACGGACAGCGGGCGCUGGUGCUCUACUUCUCCCUGGCCGCCGGGUACCUGUACAGCUGGCUGCUCGCACCUGCAGCAGGUAUACUGAAGUUCCACGAGGUGUACCUGGGAGAGGGCGUGUCGGAGGGCGGGGUCGAGUUCCAGGAGGGAAGCGGGGUGGGGCUGCAGGGCGGGGGGGGGUGUGGAUCCUCCCUGGAACAGCACAUCACCAAUGCCAGGGAGGCCCUGGGCGUGGACUCCUACUACAGCAGGGGUUGCUCUAGCAGUGAGACAGAGAGUGAAGCUGGUGAUCUUUUGGAUCAGCAGUUUGAGGAGCUGAACAACAAGCUGAACUCAGUGACCGACCCCACGGGCUUCCUCCGCAUGGUCUCCAGGAACAACCUGUUCAACAGGAGCUGUCAGAGUAUGACCAGCCUGUUCAGUAACAGCAUGUCCCCUGCAAAGGACAGCAGCUCCUCCCUGCCCCCCCGGGGCAACAGUCAGAGCAAACCCCCCCUGCGUGCCCUCUACGACCUGCUCAUCGCACCCAUGGAGGGGGGUCUAAUGCACUCCAGCGGGCCUGUGGGUCGGCACCGGCAGCUGGUUCUGGUUCUGGAGGGGGAGCUGUACCUGAUACCCUGGGCCCUGCUGAAGGGCAGCUCCUCCAAUGAGUACCUGUACGAGCGCUUCAGCCUCAUCGCCGUGCCCUCCAUCGGAGCCCUGGGAGCCAGCGCCAAGGCGCACCCUCGGCGGGCGGGGCCGGUGCUGUGCGGGGGCGGGGCCACGGCGGCGGUGGUGGGUAACCCGCGGUUACCGGCCUCGGUGAUGGACCGCUGGCUGUGGGGGCCCAUGCCCUCCGCCCAGGAGGAGGCGCUGAUGGUGUCCGAGCUGCUGGGCUGCCCGGCGCUGGCGGGCGCGGCCGCCACCAAGGAGCGGGUGAUGGGCGCCCUCACCCAGGCCGAGUGCGCCCACUUCGCCACCCACAUCUCCUGGAAGCUCGCCGCCCUGGUGCUCACGCCCAAUCAGGACGGGCCUCCCGGAGGGGCGGGGCCUGGAGGGGGAGGGGCGGGGCCUGGGGGCGGGGGCGGGGCCGGAGGAGGAGGAGGAGGAGGAGGAGGGGGAGGGAAGGCCUACACCAUCCCGGAGAGCCUGCGGGGGCUGGACGAGGGCAGCGACGUGGAGAGCAUCUGCGACAGCCCCCCCCUACAGGAGUUCCUCCUCACUGCCGCCGACAUCCUGGACCUUCGGCUGCCCGUCAAGCUGGUGGUGCUCGGGUGAGUGGGCGGGGCUUCGCACGCGAACGAGUCGCCUGCGUGGAUCUCGUCCGUGGCUCAGCCUGCUGUCCCAGUGCAGCGCUGUGUCUGGCCUCGCUGUGUGUGCUUACUCAGCUAACACAACCUUAUCACAGCAUUUGUUACUCCCCAGCACACCAACCACACCCACUGCCACGCCAUGAAGACCGUGCAGAGCAGCAAGCAGUUCUCCCACCCCUCCAACUGGGCAGGCUUCAUGCUGAUUGGCAGUGACGUGAAGCUGAACAGCCCCUCGUCGCUGAUUGGCCAGGCCCUUGCUGAGAUUCUGCAGUACCCAGAGAAGGCUCGGGAUGCCCUGAGGGUCCUGCUACACCUGGUGGAGAAGUCCCUGCAACGGAUCCGGGGCCAGCGUAACUCCAUGUACACGUCCCAGCAGAGCGUAGAGAACAAGGUGGGCGGAGUCCCGGGCUGGCAGGCGCUGCUGACCGCGUGGGCUUCGCGGAUUCCGGAUCUCGGCGCUGACCGGCCCCCGCGCGCCAGUGCAGCUACCCCAGCCGCUCGGACGCGCCAGGGGGACUCGAACUGCACAAAGGUUGCUAGACACACCACCUGACAGGCCCUUCUUGGCCUGCCCCCCCCUGCCCUGCAGGCCUUGUGCAAACUCAUCGCCGCCUCGGAGACGGGCGAGCAGCUCAUCAACAGGGCUGUUAAAAAUAUGGUGGGAUUGCUCCACCAGGUGUUGGUGCAGCUGCAGACAGUAGAAGGGCCAGGACGUUCUCUGGCUCCAUCGGGUGUCCAUCGCGUGCACCGGAGAAAGCCGGGCUGCCACAUUCCUGGCUCACUGGGGUUCGACCUGUGCGAGGUGGGCCAGGAGGAGGUGGUGCUGAAGACGGGCAAGCAGGCCAGCCGCCGGACCGUACACUUCGCCCUGCAGUCCCUGCUGGCUCUCUUCGACUCCACAGAGCUGCCCAAACGGCUCAGCCUCGAUAGCUCCUCCUCCCUGGAGUCCCUGGCGUCGGCCCAGUCUGUGUCCAAUCAGCUGCCGCUGGGAUACCCGGCCCCGCCCUUCUCCCCGCCCUGCCCGGACGGCCUGGCGUCGGACGCCGUCUCCGUGUACAGCCUCAGCUCCGUGGCCUCGUCCAUGAGCUUCGCCUCCAAGUCCGAGAGCGCCAGCGACUUCCUGGCCCAGCGGCAGCGGGGCGGGGCCGGCCCCUUCUGCUCCGCCUCCCGCCGGCAGCCGGGCGCGGCCCGCGGGCGUGGCUCCCCGCACGGACCGGCGGGCGGCGGGGCCGGGAGGGAGGAUGAGGAGUACGAGGGCUUCUCCAUCAUCAGCAGCGAGCCGCUGGGCAACCAGUGCGACUCCCUGCCCCUCCCCCCGGGGCACGGGCAGCGACAUCACUCCCGGGGGGGCGGGGCCUCGGGCAGGGGGCGGGGCUACGGAGCCUCGGUCUCCAGCCGGGGCAGCGUCAGCACGCCCACCUCCCCGGUGAAGGGCAGCCUGGUGCCCAGCGCCAACUCGCCCUUCCAGAAGGUGGCGGGCAAGGUGAGCAGCUCGGACACGGGCGAGUCGGACCAGUCCAGCACCGAGACGGACAGCACCGUCAAAUCUCAGGAGGACCCGGCCGCUCCGGCGCCGCUGGACCCGCAGGAGCUGGCGCAGAAGAUCCUGGAGGAGACCCAGAGCCACCUGCGGGCGGUGGAGAGCCUGCAGAGGGGCGGGGCCAGCGGCGCCACGGCGACGGGGGGCGGGGCCUCCACCCCCACGGGAGGCUCCGCCUUCCGCUCCUCGGAGACCAGCGCGUUCAGCCGACCCAACAGCAGCGCCAGCCUGAGGGCGCAGCCGUCGCCCCUCCCAACCCCGCCAAAACCGCCGUCCCGCACCUCCUCCCUGCAGAAGAUCAGCUCGGGCUACAACAGCCCCGCCACCUCCGACACCUCCCUCAAAGAGGGGGGCCACCCCUCCCCGACCCCCACCCUGGACGGCCUCGCCCAGGUCAAGCUCAAGUACCCCAGCUCGCCCUACAGCGGCCACAUCUCCCGGUCGCCUAGCAACGUCUCCCCCAGCUCGGGGCACCAGUCCCCGUCGGGCAGCGCCCCCUCCCCCGCCCUGUCCUACUCCUCCACGGGCUCCGCCCGCUCCAGCCCGGCCGACGCCCCCGACCUGGACCGCCUGAAGCGGGCCGCCAUCGACGAGAAGGUGCAGGCCAUCCACAACCUGAAGACCUUCUGGGCCAACGCCGCCGCCCAGCAGCCGCCGUCGGGCCCCCUGCGGGCCCUGCGCGGCAAGGGGGGGCCCGCCCGCCGGGACGUCCUCAGCCUGCUCAACCUGUCCCCCCGCCACAGCAAGCCCGGCCAGCCCGAGGGCAGGGGGGACCUGGGCCCCCGCAGCCCCCCCAACGGCCACCACCGCCAGCCGGACCCGCGCAGGACGGCCCCCUCCCCCACCGUCGCCCCCCCCAGCGGCGGCAGCCCCGCAGCCCGCACCAUCCGGCUCCCCGCGGGGAACGGCUACAAGUUCCUCUCCCCCGGCCGGUUCUUCCCCUCCUCGAAAUGCUGAGGCCUUCGGUGACACUCCUGCCACACCCCUCUGGGGCUGGGCCGCUUUCCGGAGGCUCCUCCCCUCUCCCACGUGAUUGGCGGGUCCGUUCCCCUGGAAACGUUGUGAAGGGAGCCGCAGUUUUGUACUUGUUGAGAAGUUAAGACUCGAGUGUAAGAGUUCCCCAUACUGUGGGCAGCCCAGGGAGGGUUGGGCCGCACCCCCCUCCCCUCCCCCCCCCCCCCCCAGGUCACCAGUGACACUGCAAAGAGCUGAAAGAAUGACUCUAAGCCUGAUGCACUGGGUGACAGAAAGACGUGAACACCAAACAGUGUCCUCAGAUAAAAAGUGCUGUUUGUGUGAAACCAAGGCAAUGAAGCUUGGACCCGUCUGUUUCAUUUAAUUAUUAUUGUUAUUGUUAUUAUUAUUAUUAAUUAUUAUUAUUAUUAUUAUUAUGUUUUGUAAAUUAAAUCCAGUGUUUCUCAAUCAGUAUUAAACGUUUUUAUAUUAUUAAAAAAAGCAAACGAAACCAUGUAAACAAUGGAAAAGGUCAAAAAAAGAUUUCAUAUUUUUAUUGAAUUGACGAAAAAGGCACUUUGCCUGAUUUCUUUGUGAACUGAGUGUCUAUAUUAAAGCAUGGAUUCUCUUGCUAUUCAGUGUUAAGUACCAUGUAUGACUUUUUAGCACACAAUUUUUGAAAACUCAUGGAAAAAAGAUACAUCUCUUAGUCAUUUAUCAGUAAAAUGGUUUAAAUAAAAAUCAUGUUUGCGCUCUCGCAAAUGUUUCUACUUUUCAAUUUUUUAAAUAUUUUGAUCCUCAAAAAAAAAACUGAUAUCACUGAGACAAAUAUUGUGUGAUAAUAAAAAACAUGGCUCCCAGAA